AUGAAUCUUCAGCUUUCUGUAUUCAUUUUCUUUCUUAUAUACAUUAGGAAUGGAGAUACUGUUGGAUCCUGUCAUUAUUUCAGCGAUCACAAGCUAGAUUGGUUCGAUGCACUGUUCUCCUGUCAAAAGAAAAAGCUCUGUCUGGCAAAUUUGGAUUCCAAAAUUGUAUUUGAUCAGAUUGUGGCGAAGUUACCAGAAAAAUAUCGAGACGAGUUUUGGUUUGGACUGAACGGAUAUGAAAAAUAUACUUUUAAAUAUGUUUCCAACGAUGCACCCAUGUUAUAUACUCCACCUGAAUCGGAGAUCAAUCUCGAGAAGCCUUGUGGGUUUAUCAAACCCAUUGGAGAAAAAGAUUUCACCAUUGAAACGGGAAAUUGUAGACGACGCCGAAAAUAUAUAUGCUCUUCAGCCGUCAAAUGUAAUGGGCUCGUGACAAAAAGCAGUUUUACACCCAUAUUUACCUCGGAAUUGCCAUGUAAUAUAAGCAGCGAAGUUAUGGAUAUACUUGGCAUACCAAAGUAGGUUUUUUCUUAUAAAUUAAAAUUAUAAAUAACUACUGGGGAGAAAAGCUA